GUCGGUUGCUUGUCAACAUGGCGGCGGCGUCGCCACCUCUGCCGUUUCCAGGCAAGGUCGCCGCUGCGGCAGCUGCCACAGCCGAGAGCGCCGCUGUGCGGGAACCGGAGCUGCGGCGGCCAACUUUCCCGCCGCAGUGACGCGAGGUUUGAGAGACGGAGUGCUGGGAGGGCCGGAGGAGACAGCAGGAGCUGCCAUGAGGGAGGCUCUCGGGGCUAGCCGGGAGGCGGCGCUGAGGUGAAGGAUGCUGACCAGGAGGCCUGGAGCCCGGAGCGCGGUCGCCGGACUGGGCACUGAAUCCUCGGACACCCACGUCAAAGCCCCCCUCAGCCCUCGCUUGAGCGGCGGGCGUCACCGACCUGGCGCCUACCUAGAUAUGAAAAUUCAUUUUGAGAAAAAUUUAGAAGAAGAGCGCCAAAUAUUACUGCAGCAACAAAAAAUAUGUCGAAAUCGAGCACGUAAAUAUUUUGUGGAGUCAAACCGGAGAAAAAAAGCUUUUGAAGAAAAACGAAAAGAACAAGAAGAAAGAGAACACCAAAUCAGAGAACAGAUACUUCAACAACGAAAACAGAAGGUGGAAGAAGUUACUGAAAAAUUCCAGCGUGCCCAUAUUCCUUUUUCACAGCGGAAGAGAACAGUUCUUCAAAGACCAGUUCUUCCAUUAGAAGAUGCCCUCAAACAAAUUCAGGAAUCCAACCUAAAAUCAGAAGUAAACCUUCCCUCUUCCCACAGACCAAUAAUAAACUGGAGAGCUAUAGAUAAUGACUUGCCUUCAUCAUUGUCAAAAAAUGAUCAUAAGCAUCAGAAAUAUCUCAUAUCCAAAAUCAGUUGUGGUCAAGAAAUGGAAAACAGCAAGGCAAACUUGACUACUAACAAAGAUGCAUUCCAGCUUAAACUGGAGGAAACGCAGAAACUCCUAGAAGAUCAGCAUCUAAGCAGUUUGCAAAAAUUUCGUGAUGAAGUUAAUCAGAUAAUAAAUUCUGAAACCCUCUCAAGUAUAGACAGUCUUGAGGCUGGGGAACGUGAAGAAAUGUAUUUAACACUUAAUAAGGAGCCUUCCACAUCAGUCCAGCAGCAGAAUUCUAUUUCCCUCAAAUCAGCAAAUCUGCAAUCAACUAAUCUAAGCUGCUUUGAUGAAGAUAAACUGUCAUUCUCUAAAACUCAACACAUAAAUAAUUGGCUUGUAAAUAUAGAUGAUCCAAAUAUUUUCUCAGAUAUUUUUAGUAAACCUAAUGUUCUCCCUGACUCAAGUAAAUGUUUUAAUAGUAAAGAACAAAAUCCAUCUACUCUGAGUAGAACUGUGGAAAGAGACAUAAAUACUGCUAAUAAUUCAGUAGCCAUUCUAUAUAGUCCAUCCAUAUUUGUACAAAAUAAAAAAAGCAAAAACACAUCUGAAACUAGUGUUAUAAGGACAACUGACUCUUCUGGAGCAUUCAAAAGAGAAAGACCGUUAGUUUCCGAGAGUCCAAAAUUUAAAUUCAGCAAAGCCUGGGCCACUCCAGAUUCUCUAACCCAGGAAAUCACAAUAAUUUCAGACCAAGAGAAAUAUUCUGAAAUGACACAAGAAAAUAGAACUACUUCAGUUCCUACUUCAUUUGUACCUUUGGCAACACCUUUAGUUUUGCCAUUGAAUACACAAUCAGCUAGGCCUUUACCAAAGAGCAGUAUACACAUAAAAGAAAUUGACCCAGUGCAGUGUUCUGAUAAGUUAGGGGAAAUGAAAGACGUUAAAGAUGAAAAGACAAAAUAUUUUAAUUGUAAUGAGGAAGAGUUGUCUUUAUUUUCAGAUAAUUUUCAAGCCACCUAUAUACUUCACAACUCUGAUUCAGAAGAUGAAAAACAGAAAAUAUCUGAAGCAUCAAAAUCAUUGUCUAAUAUAAUUUCUAAUUGUGACUUAGUCAGUCAGCACAAGAAAAUGAAAUACAAUAUUUGUGAGAAGAAUAGUGUGAGAUUUCUUAAAAGUAUUUUAAAGAAAGAAUCUAAAUACGAGCGUGAUUAUUUUAAGGCACUGGUUACAAACCAAGGCUUUAAGUUAGGAAAUCAAAAAGCAGCAGUUAUCAGAGAUAGUAUUGAAUUAACAAAAGAAAAAGGAAAAAGUGCAGAAACUCCAAAAACUAUUAAAAAACUGAGAUGGUUUGAUGAAACUGGCAAUACAAGGAAAAAUGUUGAAGAUAGUCAUUUGCUGAAGGGUAGAAAAAGAGUAUCCCAACAGUGGUCUCAACCAUUCCACAUUCGCUCUAAAAGUGGUGCUGCCAGCAACAUGCCUAGUAUUCCUGCUUCUGCUGUGGAUUCUGCUAAUAAGAAAGAGCCCGAGGAUGAUUUUAUCUCUGAAAACCUCACUGCUUUAGGAGGAUCUGGAAUAGACCAUGUGCCUUUGAACUGCUGUAUACCUUCAGAUUAUAGCACUGCUAAACAAGCCUGGCCAGACUCCACAGAGGAGGAAACUAUAUCCCCUGCAAAGAGUGGUGGUUCCAAAACUCAGAAAACUAACCCACAAAGGAGUGAAGCCAAAGUCGUUAGAAGAGCAAGGUCUGCUAAAGUCCAGUCAGGCUUUGUAUGUGUGAACAGAAAAGGCCCUGUUAUUCGACCACAGUCUGCGAGCAAAGCCAGCACAUUUUUACAAGCUCAGGGUAAAUUAAUUGUACCUCAUCCUCCUCCUCCAUCUCAAUUAAAUAUUAGAAGUUGUAAAAAUAUACAAGUAUCUCAGUGUCAGUCUGUAAUGCCUGAAAAUUCUCAAAACAUCAGUACAUGUAACUACUUUAAUUCAAAACAUAUGCUUCCAACAGAACACAAGUUGAAUCAGUGGAAUCAAGAAAGUAGUCUUCCACUCCCUCAUGUUUGUUCUGACUUAGACACUGUGAUGCCAGCUCUACCAUAUUGUUCUUCUGAGUGCCAAACAUUAACGAAAAUAAAUCAUUCAAAUGGCAGUCAAGCUGUUGCCCUACAAGAUGGGACGUUAUAUUGCCCCCAAAGAUGUCCAACAUAUGAAGAAAGUCAUCCCUCUGUGACUCUUAAAACUACUAGAGAAGAACUGGUUCCCAUGUGGAAAAGACAGCAUAAUAUUCUGGGUCAAAAUGAAAAGGCUGCUGAUUCUAGUGUUAGAAGAAGAAAACGAAUUGUCGAAAAUAAGCACAAAAGUCUUUUAGAGCAAAAAAGACAAAACCCUGGAUCUGCAGGACAGAAGUACAGUGAGCAGAUGAAUAAUUUUGGGCAAAGUAUCCAGCUAAGUUCAAAUGAGCCAAAACAAACUACAAAGGGUACUUCUAAUAUUGAAGAAGUUUCAGGCAGUACUUCUGAAUUUUUGAUGGCUGAAAAUCUAGUGAAAGCUUCAGUGCCUGAGGAUGAGAUUCUAACUGUCAUGAAUAGCAAGCAGCUACAGCAGACAAAUCUGUCUUUAAAUAAAAUGCAGCAAUUUAACAUCUGUGCACUAUCAGCUGAAGAAAAAAAGAUCCUACAGUCCCUCAAUCAUCUCAAUGAAAGGUUAUACUAUAUACAAGAAAUCAUUUGCAAAAAUCCAUCCAUCAAAAGUACUUUACAAAUAAUACCACUUCUGAAUAGCCAGCCAAGGACCAGUCCAUCUCCUGAUGUUGGAUCCAGAUCACAGAGAAAAUACUGAUGAGUAUAACAGUAACUAUUAAAUGGGAUCAUUAUUUUUUAGAAUCUCCUGUAAAUAUAUAUUUAUGUGUUUGUUAACUAUUAAAAUACUAUAACCAUCAAAUAACAUGAACAAUGGAGAUAACUGAUUUACAUUUAUGCUAUAAAUAAUACUUUAUUAUGUAUUUUAUUGAUAAAUACAUUUUUAAUAAAUGAAAAUACUUCACUGUUUUUAAUGAGAAUGCUACUGGAAAUAAAUUCAGUGUAUUUAAAAACAAA